AUGAACACCUGGAUGAAUAUCUUUAUAACACUAUGUCUUCUUAAUUCCCAAAUAUUUUGUGUCGUUGCAGAAAAUGCUGGGGACAGACAGGUCAAUAGAUUCUUUACCUUACAAAGAGAGCACGUCCGAACAAGGAUGAGGUACAAACUUGAGAGCAUGCUUUUCGGUUCCGUUCUAGUUAUGGCAAAUUUGGGGCGCGAACCCCAGCCGCAACCGAAAUUGUCGUUUGUCUGUCCUCCGAUCAAAGCUUCGUCUUUGCAAGUUGAAAGAGCGCAACAAGAAAAACACACCUGUGUAAGUUUCGAAACGGGAUCUAAUUCAAAAACGGCCACCUUUACGAUUGAGGUCAUCGACUAUCUGGAUCACAAACUAGAUUUAAACCGGUUCGGACCCACGAGUUGCGAGUUGGGCAGACAGCGUUUGGACUUUACGGCAGCUACCUCAAAUGGCGAUUUGCUGCGAUCACAUCGCAACUUAAAGUCUGGUAGAACGGCUAUUCAAGUCGAAGCGUCCAUCACAAACUUGCACUUCGAAUUUUGUUUUUCCAAUCUCGUCUAUGACAGCUCCUGGAGGUCUGUCGAUAUGCAUAAGGCAAUCACCAUCACCUUGGUAAACCAAGAAACAACAAAACCACAUGUGUCAGAUCGCAUCUCCAAAAAGGCAAGCGACGCAGCUGUCGACGCUGCCAACAUGAUUUUCUCGCUAGUCAGCGAGCAAGAUGGACAGCAGCUUUACCACCUGGAAAACGAGCGUCGCGACCUCAACGAAAGCACUUUUUCGUGGCUGCUGGGAGCACAGUUAGCGCUUAUGCUACUAGUUGCAAUUAUUACGAUCGUUUCGGUGCGCUGUCUCGCCCUCACAGACAAACCAGCCAUUUUGUCCGUUGCGUCCUCUACGGAUAAGUGCAGCUGA